UUUCUCGGACAAGUAUGGAAGGACCAACAAGUGUUUUAUCCUGGUUUUUCAAGAAAAAUCAUUUUCAUCAGUCCAAGACCUCAGUCCCAUUCCCCAGAUAAAUAUUGAAGACGAAUAUUUUAGUAGUAUUUGUGCUGAUGCCCUUCACAAAUCCUGUGAUCGCAUGCCCCCUGUUUCUUGUCCUGUUUCUUGUUCGAAAAUCAGCGAUCACUAAAUAUUUAGUAAGUUUCGCUGUCUUGGAGGGAAUAGCUGCCCAGAAGAAGACUAGCUUCAUCUUUCUCAAGCUCUCUGGAUAGAAUAAGAUACUGCAAGAGAAGAACGUCAGAACCUGAGCUUUUGGAUUCCUUAGUUUCAUGAUUUAACAAUCAUCCAUGAUUGUUCUCUUCAUUACUUUGAUUGUCCUUUUCACCUGCUUAGUGAAAAUUUUGGACUCGAUUUUCUGGGUCCCAUGGAAAAUCCAGAGUGAUUUUCGCAAACAGGGGAUCAGAGGGCCUGGCUACCGUCCGAUCGUCGGGAACUCAGGGGAUAUCCGACGGCUGUAUGCAGAAACUCAGUCCGAGCCAAUCCCUUUUCACCAUGAUAUCCUAAAACGGGUGCUGCCAUUUUACCAUAAGUGGUCAACCAUGUAUGGGAAAACCUUCCUCUACUGGUUCGGGUCAAAGCCCCGACUGGCAAUAACCGACCCGGAUAUGGUUAAGGAAGUGUUGAUGAGUAAGAGUGGAGACUUUUGUAAGUUGCCCUAUAAUCCUCAGUCUAAGCUUCUUUUUGGACAAGGACUUGUGGGCUUGGAAGGUGAUCAAUGGGCACUUCAUAGGAGGAUCAUCAAUCAAGCAUUUAACCUGGAGCUUAUCAAGGGGUGGGUGCCAGAUAUUGCAGCAAGUGUUCAAAGGACGCUAGAGAAGUGGGAGGAGAUAGGGGGAGGAAGAGAAGAAUUCGAGAUAGAUGUGCACAAAGAGAUGCACAAUGUUUCUGCAGAGGUUAUAUCGAGGACUGCAUUUGGCAGCAGCUAUGAAGAAGGCAAGCGUAUUUUCAACUUACAAGAACAACAAAUGCAUCUUUUCUCCCAAGCAAUCAGGAGUGUCUAUAUUCCCGGAUUUAGAUAUCUGCCAACUAAGAAGAACAGAGACAGGAUGAGACUAGAAAAAGAAACUCGCGAAUCAAUUCAGAAGCUGAUUGAAGCUAAGGCCAAACAAAGAGGAAAUCCAAGAAAUCUGUUAAGUUCACUGAUGCAUACAUACAAGAAUGAGGCUGGUGAAGAAGAGAGACUGACAAUAGAAGAAAUCAUUGAUGAAUGUAAAACCUUCUACUUUGCUGGAAAGGAUACUACUGCUAGUUUGAUGACUUGGGCACUUCUUCUCCUUGCUAAACAUCAAGAAUGGCAAAGUAAGGCACGAGAAGAAAUUCUUCAUGUUGUCGGGCAAAGCCAGUUUCCACCUGCAGACAAAUUAAAUGACCUUAAGAUUGUUGGGAUGAUAAUUAAUGAAACACUUAGGUUGUACCCUCCUGGUGUGAUGUUAAUGAGACAAACAUCUAAAAGGGUUAUGGUAGGUAAUCUUAGUGUUCCUGCCAAGACUCAACUCCACUUGGUAUUGGCUGCAAUCCACCAUGACAGAGAGGUUUGGGGAGAAGAUUGCCAUGAGUUCAAUCCGGACAGGUUUAGUGAACCUCGAAGACAUAUAGCCGCGUUCUUUCCUUUUGGACUCGGCCCUCGAACUUGCGUAGGUCAAAAUUUAGCAAUGGUUGAGGCAAAGAUUGCUCUUGCAAUGAUCAUUCGCAAUUACAGUUUUGCUGUGUCUCCAACCUAUUGCCAUUCUCCUAUAUUGUUCAUUACUUUGAAGCCACAACAUGGUGCACAAAUCCUCUUCACGAGGAUUUCAUGCUGAUAUAUGUCAUGCCCUUGGAUUGUUCUCUACCGUGUUUUCUGGUUUGUUUGUAUGUGUGAGUCUUUUUUUUUUUUUGGCCAUUUGGAAGGAAAGAUCGUUUUAGAUAUUUUUAAAGUCUCUUGUAAUUUGGGAAGCUGAACAUGUAAAUUUGCGGUGAAGCUAAUAGUAGUUUUGUGAACUGACGUAGCAUCAUUUUCAUGUGA